GCCAAAUACAAGCAUAGCGACAAGAUGACGCUGCCGGUUUUCGCUUGAAUGCAGUAAUACGACGCUUUUCUUUCUUUUCAUGCUUGCUUCAGCCGCAACUCACGACAGCAAAAAACGACUUGGAUUAAAGAAAAAAACAGACUUCGCCGGCUCGGCUUCGCGCCGACUCAUUAACAGCAAGCCGACUAUUCUCUGGGGGUUCCACACGACACGCCUGGCGACACAAUGAGCGACGUCGAGAAACAGUAUGAUGUCGCGGCGGACGAUGCUGUGGUGAGGGGCGAAAUUGGCGAGCAGCUCGAGGGUGUGGAUCCUGUCCUCGAGGCCAAGAUUGUGCGCAAGCUGGAUCUUUUCAUCAUCCCGGUGGUGAUGCUGUUGUAUCUGUUCAGCUUCCUGGAUCGAGUCAACAUUGGCAAUGCGCGCCUGUACGGUCUUCAAGAGGAUCUCAACAUGAGCGACUCUCAGUUUCAGACUGCAGUGUCGAUUCUCUUUGUUACCUACAUUUUGUCAGAAGUCCCUUCAAAUCUGGUCUUGAAGAAACUUACGCCCUCACGAUGGAUUGCUUUCAUCACCCUAGCUUGGGGUAUCAUUGCAACCCUGACUGGUAUCGUACAGAGCUACGGCGGUCUUAUCGCGUGCCGUCUACUUCUCGGCGCAGUCGAGGGUGGACUGUUUCCGGGCAUGGCAGUCUACCUCACCUUCUUCUACACCAAGCGCGAACUCGCCCUCCGCAUCGGCUACCUCUUUGUCUCUGCAGCGCUUGCCGGAGCCUGUGGCGGUCUGCUCGCCUAUGCAAUCGGACAUAUGGACGGCACUGCCAACCAGCGUGGCUGGCGAUGGAUCAUGAUUAUCGAAGGAAUUCCCACUCUCAUCCUCGGCAUUGCGACCUGGUUCAUUCUCCCCAACUCGCCUGAAACCGCCUACUUCUUCACCGCCGAAGAAAAGGCUUUCGCGGCCGCCCGUCUGAGGCGACAGACGGGAUACACCAAGAGCGCAGCCGAAUUCCACUGGGAAGAUGUAAAGAAAUGCUUCAAAGACUGGAAGGUCUGGACCUUUUGCUUUGCCCAGUUUGGUUCCGACACCAUGCUAUACGGAUACUCGACGUUCCUGCCCACCAUUAUCCGCUCCAUCAACACGACGGCCAGCAGCGCCAUGAUCCAGGUGCUAACCAUUCCGUGCUACGCACUCGGCGCCAUCACGUACCUCGUUGUCGCGCACUUUUCCGAUCGCCAGCAGAAACGCGGUCUCUACGCCAUCCUCCUCGGCAUCGUCAGCAUCAUCGGCUACGCCAUGCUCAUCAGCCCCGCGAGCCACAAGGUGCACUACGCAGGCUGCUUCCUCGUCGCCAUGGGCCUCUACGUCUGCGUCGGCCUCCCGCUCGCAUGGCUCCCCACCAAUCUGCCUCGCUACGGCAAACGCACCACGGGCACGGGCUUGCAGCUCAGCAUUGGCAAUUGCGCUGGCAUCAUGAGUGCUUUUAUCUACCCGACUGCCGAUCGCCCCCGCUUCAUCAAGGGCCACGGCAUCACCAUGGCCAUGGUCGGCUUCUCCUGCCUGUGUUACUGCGUCUUGUGGUUCUACUUUAGCAGCGUCAAUGCGAGCCGCGAGAGAGGCGCCCAAGAUCAUCGUGUCGAGGGUAUGACCGACGACGACAUAGCCGAGAUGGGCGAUGACAGCCCUCGAUUCCGAUAUACAAUCUGAGACGAAUACAUGGCUGCAAUGUUAUGUUUUGAGGUAAAAGUAAUGGAAAGGAUGGGUUGGCUUAAGAUUUAGAUUUUAGAUGCGCAAUCAAUGUUGUGAAUGAAGAGAUAUCUUCUAUUAUUUC